AUGUCAUUAUCGGCGGAAGAACGCCGCUCAAUUCUGGAGCGUGCGCGGUUAGCGGAAGAGGCGGGCCGCUGGGACGAUAUGGUCACGUAUAUGAAGGCACUUGUCGUUAAGGGACGCGACUUGUCGGUCGAGGAACGCAACAUGUUUGCUAACGCGUACAAGAAUUACGUUGGACAAAAACGCGCGUCUUGGCGCGUAGUUUCAGGUAUCGAGCAGAAGAUUGGAAGCUCCAACAGGCGGAGGGAUUUAAGCAGGGAGUACAGGACGAAAAUCGAAGAAGAAUUGAAAGUCUGUUGUAACGAGGUGCUUAGUCUGAUUGAGCAGCAUCUUUUAAACACGAUCGAUACAGAGAACCGGAUAUUCUAUUUAAAGAUGCAGGGAGAUUACUUCCGUUAUUUAUCCGAGUUCAGCCGGGAUACGAUAAGCGACGGAGUCUUUGAACGCGCAAAAGUCGCGUACGCUACAGCGUUUGAACAGGCAAAGGAAAAUCUAUCCCCCGCCCACCCUUUGCGUCUUGGACUGAUUCUCAAUUUUUCAGUGUUUCACCACGAGAUUCUCGAAUCUCACGAGACUGGCUGCGAGAUGGCGAGAGAGGCGGUUGCCGCCGCCGCCGACGAGACGAACAGCCUCCCAGAGUCGAUGAGGAACGACAGCACGCUGAUCAUACAACUUAUGAAAGACAAUAUAAAAAUUUGGAGCGUAGAGAUAGAAUCUCAAAACCAACUACAGAAGACAACCACUGUUAGGUACCAUUGA